UGACGCAUGCGUGGAGGAUAUGCGCUUCGCAGCAAAGUCUUCCUUUACUCCACACACGCUUCUAAGCCUCGCUACUAACUACACUUUAUUCAUCCUCCGUGUCAGGAUAAACUCCACUCGUCUCAGUCAACUUUGGACAUUAUUAGGCCCGCUUAGCUUGCUACUUGUUUUAGCGCGUUAGUUAGCUUAGCUUGCUACUUGUUUUAGCGCGCUAGUUAGCUUAGCGUGCUAGUCAGCUUAGCUUGUUAGCUGCUAACAAAGAGACGCGGAUUUGAUCAACACAUCGCUUAGUUAAGAUCAAGUGUGAGUGUAAAGUGUUGUGAUUGUGUGAAAAUGUGUGAAAGAACGAUAGCAGAGUACAAAGAGGAACUUUCUCGGACAAAAGAAGAAAACAAAAGACUACGUCAACUACUGGACGCUGUUUUCGAGAAACCUCAAGUUGUGUUACACAGAACAGACGUCCAGCAGCUCCCCCACAUGAAAGAGGAAGAGGAUGAUCCACAGCCCACCCACAUAAAAGAGGAAGAGGGGGAUCCACAGCCCACCCACAUGAAAGAGGAAGAGGAUGAUCCACAGCCUACCCACAUCAAAGAGAAAGAGGGGGAUCCACAUCCCGCCACAUGAAAGAGGAAGAGGAUGAUCCGCAGUCCACCCACAUUAAAGAGGAAGAGGAUGAUCCACAGCCACCCCACAUGAAAGAGGAAGAAGAUCCACACAUGAAAGAGGAAGAGGAAGAUCCACAGCCCCUUCACAUGAAAGAGGAAGAAGAGGAUCCACACAUGAAAGAGGAAGAGGAGGAUCCACACAUGAAAGAGGAAGAGGGUGAUCCGCAGUCCACCCACAUUAAAGAGGAAGAGGAUGAUCCACAGCCCCCCCACAUGAAAGAGGAAGAGGAUCCACACAUGAAAGAGGAAGAGGAUGAUCCACAGCCCCUUCACAUGAAAGAGGAAGAGGAGGAUCCACACUUGAAAGAGGAAGAGGAGGGAGAGUGUGUUGUAGGGCAGGAGGAGGAUGAUGUCAGCAAGUUUCCACUGACUGUUGUCUCUGUGAAGACUGAAGAGCAUGAAGACAAAGCACCUGAGUCCUCACAGCUUCAUCACAGUCCAAGUAAGCACAUAUCAUUUUAUUCUCAGGGCAUUCAAUCCAUCACAACUGGACUGUUCACUUUGUCUUAGAAGACUCAUCCAAGUAGGCUUCAUCACUUCAUGCUCAUACACUUCAAGUCUUAAAUCUAAUCAUUGGAAUUUAGAGGGGAACUGCACUUUUUGGGGGGAAUUGUUUCUAUCGUUCACAAUCAUUAUAAAAUA